AUGAACAGUGACAGGCAACUGCGUUGCACCAUACGUGCCCCAGCGAGGUAUGGUGAAUGCGCGACCGAGACACCAACUUCGGCCCUAUUAAUGUCAAUGCAUUUGGCACGAGGGCAAUCGUUAUCGGCCGAUCCAACAAAUCCAGUGUCAGAAAGCCUACAUCCAUCGCUUCGCAGGGUCAAGAUCACACGCAAACCGGAAAUAAUCGAAUUCGAUCCCACAUUGGCCCCUGCGGAUUUCCCUGAGCCGUGGCCCAAAAGGCAAAAGAUCUCCCAGAGCAGACCCGAGGAAGGCCAGUACUCAUCCGGUAUUGACUGGUCUAUGAGCAACUGUGAGUCCAACCUCAUUCACAGAAGCAAUAUGGCCGAAAUUGGUGCAAUUGAGGGACAAACAAAAGCAAUUGAUGUGGCCGACAACCUGAGCAUUUCUGACAGCGACGGUGAGCCUCUAGAUGAUCAAGAAGCCCUUGGACGGAAAAUUGUCAAUCCAACCUGGAGCGACCUCAAUCCAGCCAUACAACUGCAAAUCAUCUCUGGCCUCCUCAAGCACUACAACUGGGAGAAUUCCUGCAUAAAACUCGGCCUGGGCAAAGAAGAUCGGAGCAAACUGUCACAUUAUCUGAACACGCGGGACCAGCAAAUUUCUCGGGAGGAUCGAGCCCUGGCCGCCAUGCGGGAAAAGCAACUGGCCCAUCUUAUGAACAUGGAUCAAAGCAUUCUGAAGCAAAGCCCUGUGCCCCAUCAGUUCGUUCUUAACAGAAUCUCUCGGGACUUCCAAAAUUCGCUUACUGCGAUGGCUAAACCAGAACUCGAAUUCUGCCGAGCUGAUGAUAUACUGGCAGCUAGGCAGUUCCUCCGCAACCAUUAUCUCAAUGAGAACCUUGCCGGCCAGUGGGAUAGCCCUCUUGUCCAACUAGCCGCUAUUCCCCGUACCGAAAAUCACGGCACACGAGAGAUUUUCCAAUGGAAGGAGGAUUGGACCAUACCGGCAUGCAGCUUCAUCAACCCCCAGGGACCGAUUCGAGACUGUGCACCCGGCCCCUCGUUUGAUGAGAUACCCUCUUCUGCCGAAAACAUGUAUUUCAAGAGCGGCUCCUACUGCACAAUAAACCCUCGAGAUACCUUUAAGGGCGAUUGUUACCCGUUUGCGUCUUGGAAAGAGCAUACUCCAUUCUACCUGCGCGAUGAAUUUCAGGACGCACGUGAAAAAGUUCGGGAGCAUGUUCGAAGGGAGAUGUCAUCGCCUUUAGAUGGUUCCGAAUUUACUCGAAUACGAGUUGGGCCAAGGCAAGAAGCACGACUGUCGCUUGGCUUCCGUGAUCGGACAUUGUACAACCCCCUUGACCUGUCGUUCAAGAGAAGAGUGAAUUUGGCGGGAGCAAAAGAGAUCCAGAAGGCUCACUUCUAUCAGCCCCAUGUACCAUUGCCUGGUAAAGAGGACGAAACCCCAUCUAAGCCACCGAAAGGAACGCACAAGUCUGCUCAUGUGUCCUAUGAACCGGUAACGCGUUCUCUGGGUGGGUGUUGGUCUUUCAAUGAAGUCCAUCCCUCUGUGUCACAGUCCCGAUACAAACGACAGAUCGAAGAGGCCAGACUGGAGUCAGAGCAACAGAAAAUGAGAAACCUAGCCUGGCUAAUGGAAUACGAGACUUCGGGGACAUAUGGUUCUCCAAGCACUCCCCAGGGGUUCAUAGACGAGAUAUUGUAUGGCGGUUCCCAGGAUGUUUUAUCUGCCGAAUUCAUGCAUAACCUCCCCGGUCUGGACGAGACCUUUUUUGGGUCCUAUCCCCCCUGUCGAAACCGACUGGAUGGUGCCCUACUUACCGAGCGGUUACUUUCCCAAUGA